AUGAUCCAACCUGAUACAUCGCCUAACAACAUGAUGGAAAGCCGGAUUCAAAGUUGGAUGCGGGAAACUACUUCUCUCACCAACUUGUUACAGAGCAUUCCGCCUUCUAACAAAACAGCUGUUGAAAAAUGGCUGCAGGAGCAGAAAGAAAAUGGGAACACAGCUUUGGUUACUCUAUUGCAAUCUAUUCUUUCUUCUGCUGAAACAAAGAUUGGAUUAAACUUUCAUCUAGAGGCCCAGCACCCUAAACAGUCGAAUAAGCAAAUAUCCAAAGCUCCUAAAACAAGCAACUCCUCCGGUCGGAAAGAUGUCAAAGCCUACCUUGUCACAGAAGUGGACAAACCGUUGGACAAAGAAUGCCUUGCUGAAGCAUCAUGCAAAAUGCCAGAAGUUCGACUGGUCAUCAAGUCUCCCUAUAUCCGCAACAAAGAUCUCGAAACUCUGGCUGGAAGUAUUCGGUAUCCUUCGCGAGCGCCUCAGUUCAAGCAUAUGUUCGGUGUCAUUCAAGAUGCCGUCGAUUUUACGGUUAAAUUGGAUCUUCGAUUUGAUAUCCAUCAGGAGCCAUUUGUUUUCUGGUGCGACAUCGUAUAUGAUCCAGCCAGUAAUGGCUGCUACCUAUAUAAUCGCUCAGGGCCAAGUAUAUACUUGAAUCCUUCUGACGAAUUACCAACGCAGUACACAAUUGCCGGUAAACCGCGUAUGGCUAUUUCUGGCGCAUGGAGAAUCUCGAUAAAACCAGAUCAGACAACCAGCUGUUUCUACCCCAUAUUUGACAUUCUAGUUCGGGACAAACAAUUUAGCAUCUUAGCCGACAAUGACAACAAGGUUCCUACAACUUGGGGUAUAGACGUGUUCCAUGGCAAGCCUCAAUACACUCCAACGAGCCUACGCGAAACGAGGACCGGCCUUUUAGAACUCGCUGAUGGAGAGACGGUUCGCAUUAAGGAUUUGCAUGAUGAUGAAAAGACAUAUGAAUUACGACAAAUUGAAAACAUGACUAAUUCAGGGUCAAAGAUUGAAAACGAAACUAGUUCAAGGCCACAUGUCUUUUAUUGUCGACAUUCUCAACUGCCAAGCGUCAAGCUGGUUGCCAAAGUCUUUCGUAUACGCGAACAAAUGAAACGAGAGAUGGAAUUUUUGAAACAAAUACGCCAUCCAAAUAUCAUAUCACUCAAGGAAUCUGAUCCCCGAGUUUUUGCAUUAUACUUGGAGGAACUUCCCCUCUCACUUAAUAAGCAUCGCGAAUUAGAGCUCAGCUGGGCUGACGCAAAAACUAUACUCUUUGAUAUUGCGUCUGCUCUUACAUACUUAUCAAAGCGAGGAAUAGUCCAUUACGACGUUAAGCCAGCAAAUAUUGCCUUUUGUCGUGAACGAGGCGCUAUACUAUUCGAUUUCGAUCUAGCCGACUAUAUAAAAAAGCCCAAAUAUGGGAUACCUGGUGGAACAGCUGGGUUUCUUCCACCUGAAACCAUUGAUGAAGAAAAAUCUCGCGGAUUUCCGGGAGAUGUCUGGGCUUUGGGUGUUACAAUUCUCCAGAUAAUGAAAAUAGAUACUAAUAUCUUGCAUGCGGUUGACAAUUCAUAUCGGACGGUGACGGAACGACUACACUACAUUGCAUUGCAAAGGAAUUUACUAGAUCUUCAAGACAGGGUUCAAACUCUGGUCUAUAAGAUGCUGGAGCCGAAUACUGAGGCACGGGUGACAGCCGCAGCUAUUCACCGAGAGGACGACCGAGAGCCAAAGGGUAGUAUACCAGCCAAAAAACGGAAGCAAAGCUAG